AUGACUCGCGGAGAGAUUCUUCACCUCCAUAUCGGUCAAGCUGGUACUCAGCUUGGUAACAGUGCUUGGGAGCUAUAUCUUCUUGAGCAUGGUCUCUUACAAGAUGGUCGUCCUAACCCAGAGGCAAAGGCCAUCCACGAAUCUGGUGAACUCGAUACCGUCUUCACGGAAACCGGUAACGGUAAAUACGUACCUCGAUCCAUCUUCGUCGAUCUCGACCCAUCUCCAAUCGACGAGAUUCGAACUGGUGAUUACAGAUCCCUUUUCCAUCCCGAGCUUCUGAUCAGUGGAAAGGAGGAUGCUGCCAACAACUACGCCCGUGGCCACUAUACAAUUGGAAAGGAGAUCUUGGAUGGUACUUUGGACAAGAUUCGUCGUGUUCUGGAUAACUGCUCUUCUCUUCAAGGUUUCUUGAUCUUCCACUCUUUCGGUGGCGGAACCGGUUCUGGUUUCGGAUCUCUCUUGCUUGAGCGUCUCUCCACCGACUACGGCAAGAAAUCCAAGCUCGAAUUCGCAGUUUACCCAGCUCCAAGAGUUUCCACCGCUGUUGUCGAGCCAUAUAACGCUGUUCUCAGCACCCACAGCACUAUCGAAAACUCCGACUGCACCUUUUUGGUUGACAACGAGGCUGUCUACGAUAUCUGCCGCCGCAAUUUGGACAUCCCUCGUCCUUCUUUCGAGCAUCUCAACAGGUUGAUUGCUCAAGUUGUCAGCUCCAUUACCUCGUCGCUUCGUUUCGAUGGUGCUUUGAACGUUGAUCUCAAUGAGUUUCAAACAAACUUGGUUCCUUACCCAAGAAUUCAUUACCCAUUGAUCAGUUAUGCUCCAGUCAUUUCUGCUGCAAGAAGUUCUCACGAGAGCUUCAAGACUCAAGAAUUGACCCUCCAAUGCUUUGAGCCAAACAAUCAAAUGGUUGUCUGCGAUCCCCGCAACGGAAAAUACAUGGCUGUAGCCCUCCUUUACCGUGGUGAUGUCGUUCCCCGUGAUUGUAACGCCGCUGUUGCCUCCCUCAAGGCCAAGACAUCCUUCAACCUCGUCGAAUGGUGUCCAACUGGUUUCAAGCUCGGCAUCAACUACCAAAAGCCUAUGUCCGUCCCAUCUUCUGCACCCAACGAUGGUGCUCUCGCAUCAGUCGAUCGUUCUGUCAGUAUGUUGUCCAAUACUACUGCUAUCGCCGAGGCUUGGUCAAGAUUGGAUCACAAAUUCGAUCUUAUGUACAGCAAGCGUGCUUUCGUGCAUUGGUAUGUUGGUGAGGGUAUGGAGGAGGGAGAAUUCAGCGAAGCAAGAGAGGAUUUGGCAGCAUUGGAGAAAGAUUAUGAAGAGGUUGCUGCUGAUAGUUUGGAGCCUGAGGAGGGUGAUGCUGAGUAUUAG